UGCCGCUUGUUAACGGAGUUAGUUUUGGGGAGCUGUAGGUUGCAGAGACGUAUAAUUAGGUUUGAGUUUCACCUGACUGUUUCGUUUCCUGUAUUUCUGAUCUCACAGUAGAACCAAUGCGUUUGUAUAUUGCUGCGGUUCUUUUUUGGACUGUUAUAGCUGCAGAGGGGAAAGCAGUCCCUUCUCUGCCAAAUUUUGGGAACAGCUAUCAUGUCAAAGGGGUCAUCUCUCUGCCCUAUGCUGAAAUCAAGGAGCCAUUUGAGGCCUGGUUAGACGUGGUGGCAAAGUCCAGCCGAAUAGACUACUACCAUGGCCAGGUGUCGACUUAUCAGUUGGGGGCGGAGCAGCAGUGGGGCGUUGCCUACAAAAUCACUCCUGAGACCACCGAGGUAGAGCAGAAUGUGAUGAAGUGUUUCCAGGCCAACGGAACAAAGGACGAAGCGGUCACACCGCAGGUGUCGCUGCCCGAUGUGCAGGGCUUCCAGUUCCUGAGGAUGGAGUACUAUGGAGGUUCCUUGUGUGAAGUUUGGCAGAACGUGACCACUGUGGGUUACAAGAAGAACACAUACACAUUGUGGGUGACUCAUUCAGAGGGAGGUGCAGAGGACAAAGACGAGACUGCCGUACCCCUCCAUUAUGAGAUGAUGGGAUACAACACCCUGCUGGGGUCACAUUACGACAAAUACUUGGUGGACUACAAAGAGUUCAGCACCCAUGUGGACCCGAAAGUCUUCUCGCUGCCUGAAGGGAUGAGUUGUGGGGGCUUUCCCGGUCCAGGAGUGGAGCACCACAUGUUGGCCAAUCCAAUGAAAGAUCUCAUCCACACCUCAGCAUCAGGCCAGUCUCAGCGCAUGUUCAGCCAUUUCAAGGAGAAAUUCCAGCGUCGGUACAGCGAUGACAGAGAGCACGAGGAAAGGCAGCACGCCUUUGUUCAUAAUCUCCGGUAUGUCCACUCCAAGAACAGAGCCGGGCUGCCCUUCUCUCUGGCUCUGAACUCUCUGUCAGACCGCACCAUGUCGGAGCUAGCCACCAUGAGGGGAAGGAAGCGGGGAAAGACCCCAAACAGAGGUCUCCCCUUCCCCGCAAAGAUUUAUAACGGGGUGAAAGUACCUGAGUCACUUGACUGGAGGCUUUAUGGUGCUGUGACUCCAGUGAAGGACCAGGCCAUCUGCGGCUCCUGUUGGAGCUUCGCCACCACUGGAGCAGUAGAGGGUGCUCUCUUCCUAAAGACGGGCUCCCUGCAGGUUCUCUCUCAGCAGAUGCUGGUGGACUGUUCCUGGGGUUUCGGCAAUAACGGCUGUGACGGAGGGGAGGAAUGGAGAGCGUACGAGUGGAUCAUGAAACAUGGAGGCAUCGCCACAACAGAAACUUAUGGCGCCUACAUGGGAAUGAAUGGAUUUUGCCAUGUGAACGCAUCCCAGCUUACUGCACAUAUCCAGAGCUACACCAAUGUCACAUCAGGAGAUGCAGAGGCCCUUAAGAUGGCGCUCUUCAAAAACGGGCCGGCGGCCGUCAGUAUUGAUGCUUCACAUCGAUCAUUUGUUUUCUACAGCCACGGUGUCUAUUAUGAACCUGCUUGUGGUAACACCACUGAUGAUUUGGACCAUGCUGUGCUUGCAGUGGGAUACGGCACCCUGAAUGGGGAGCCAUACUGGUUGAUAAAGAACUCCUGGUCCACUUACUGGGGCAAUGAUGGCUACAUCCUCAUGUCUAUGAAGGAUAACAACUGUGGCGUCACCACUGAUGCUACAUAUGUUACACUGGCUUAGACAUUUCCUCUGAAUAAGUAUCUGUCUGUUAAUGCCUCUAUGUGGGUGCCUGGGGAUGACUGACAUGUGGGAUGUGUUGAGAUGUGGUUAUCACAUCAAACUGAGCUGUGUGGUGGUAAUUAUGUGUUAAACGCUGCAGCUGAAUGGUGCCAGAGUGAAUUGAGAUGCUGCACAAUCCGCACACAAGUACAACACGUUCACUUUUUCAAACAUGGUGUUGACAGGUUUAUUGCUAGUGGCACAUAGCUUCAGUGCCUUCAUUUGAGUUGUACAUUUUGUGACACAUUUCCACUUGCACUUUCGCUACUUUAUAAUUUGUUGCAUUCAGAUGCACUGGGCUGGAAUCAAUGCAAUUAAAAAAUUGGAAAGUUUUCCGUUUUUUGGCUUCCAUGACAUCUCUGGUUGAUCUAACUCACAUUCUGUGGGCAGCAGUAAGUCAUGCUUUCUAAAUCCAUGCAAUGGAAUAACAGGUUAUCCCCUCCACAAAUGCAGUUUACACAUUCAAUGCA